AUGCUCCUUGGCUCUGGCGGCUUACCGCGGCUCGGUGGGCAGCCCAGUUUCGUGCCGAAUUGGCCCUCAAACACGUACCGGCCGCCAUCUUUGAAGGCUGGCUUUGGCAGCCCUCUGCAAAGAGCGCACGGCAUGACGCCAGUAGUGCCGCGCAAGGUCGCGAGCAAAUCCGGCAGGUGGCGGGCCUGGCGCAAUUCGGAUCAGGCCGCCACGGUGCUUUUCCUGCUUAUCGCCUGUGUGGCUUUCGGGCUUGAGCGCAGUCGAGCACCCAUGGUGCGGGGGUUAGCCGUGGACUCUAUGAGUCCUCGCCACCUCCUCGGCGUCUGCUGGGCUUCCGUGGCCAUUGUCGGCCGUCCGGCGGCAUCGGCGCUGAGGAAGGCCAUUGCCACACCACGCGCUGGCGUAGCGGUGUCGCACGCCGAGCAGGUGGGCAUCACCUCUUUACUUCAGGGACUGGCAGCUGCAGUCUUCAUGGUUCUUGGCACGAGCAGUGAUGUGCAGCUUUCUUUGCCCACCACGUUUUGGAUCUGCUUGGGGUCCUCUGCUUUCCUGAAUGCCAUCAUCAAGACAUCGGAGACGCACGCCUACACGAUUGGAGAGAUGUCGCUGUGCGCUCCCUUUCUGGCCUUUGACCCAGUGAUUCAACUUGCCGUGGGCUCGCUUCUGCUGCCGCUGAUCUCGUUCUUUUUUUUGGGCGGCGCAGCACUCGAGCCGCCAAGCUUCCAUUUCCUGCGGAAGGCUGCUUCGGUGGCGUGCAUUGCUGCAGGCAUGCUUGCCCUGUCCAUUUCGCGCAGGCAAGCGAAAAGGGAGCUGCCGAAAGGGGCUGGCUUCAUCAUUCUGAACUGCUUCCUGUACUCUGCCACCUACCGGCUGGAUGCAGCUGCGGUCGGCGUGACCAGCACUGUCUGCUACUUUGCAUUUAGCCGCCUGCUCAUGGCGGCCGUGUGCUUCGUCGGAACGCUGCUUCAGGCUCAGGACGCCAAGCCAGAUGAGCCAACCAAGUCGGGUGGCUGGGACCGAAGAACGGUCACGCUGCUCUUGUUUGUAUGCGUGGUGGACGCGGCGUACAUGCUUUCCAUGUACCAGGCUGUGUCGCUGAUCUCCCCAGUCCUCGUCUCUGCUGUCAAGCGUGGCGGGGGUAUUGUCGUCUCCGCGCUUUUUGGUGCCCUCUUCUUCGGCGAGAACCUGUCAGGCAGGAAGAAGCUGCUCCUCAGCAUUGCUGCCGCAGUGACCUUGCUGUGCCUGUGA